AUGGUUGGACGGCGCAAGAACUUUGCUGGAGCUAAAUGUGCUGAACUGGCCUCCUCCAAAGAUACCACUACAACAAAAGGAGAAAAGGUUUUUCCUGGCGCCUGUGUUUGGAGUUCCCUUUGGACCAACGCGGCUGCCCGCAGCCCCAGCCAACCAGAAGCAGCUCCCGGGGAACUCGGAUGUCCAGGCCACCCUUCAGACGUGCGCAAGGUCUUGCGGGCCUUUUGUCCGUCCGACCCCGGAAUUGGGGCGCGACUCACGCGGAGGGUGGCAGGGACACCUGCCGCUUCUCGCGGGGCUCUGGCGGGUCCCAAGGCGCGAGCGGCCCCAGAGGCGGCCGGGGGGCGGCGCGCGAGAGGCGGGGGCGCGCCCCUCCCGGGAGGCCGGCCGCUGGAAUGUCCGGCCCGGCCUCCGGAUUGGCUGCGGCGGGCCGGAGUCGCUUUGCGGCCGCAGCCCAAGCUGGGGGAGGCGGGGGGCCGCCCCCCUGAUCCCCGCCGGGAGACCCCAGGGCAGGGCAGAGGCCGGGGGCCCCCCUCCCCUCCCGCCCCCGGGCAGACCAUGUCCCACGGCGCCGCCAACUUCCUCUUGGUGCCCAUCCCCGAGUACCCGGUCCUGGAGUGCCUCCCCAACAAGGUCAUCAAGCUGGUCGUCUUGGGCGGCAGCGGCGUGGGCAAGACGGCCCUGAUCGUCCGCUUUCUCACAAAGAGAUUCAUUGGAGACUAUGAGGCCAAUACUGGUGCCCUGUAUUCCAGGAAAUUCACAGUCGAUGGAGAGCAGAUCUCCUUGCAGGUUCAGGACACGCCCUUUGUUUCAUUGGAGGACGAGAGCGACAACGUCUGCUGCCAAGAGCAGAUCAACCGCUCAAUCUACUGGGCAGACGGCUUUGUCUUUGUCUACUCCAUCACAGACUAUGACAGCUACCGUGUCGUCCGCCCUUUGCACCAGCACGUCCGCAAGAUCCACCCCAAUGCCAACAUCCCGCUGCUGCUGAUGGCCAACAAAGGAGACCUCUUGCGAGCCAGGCAGGUGUCCACCAAAGAAGGCCACCAGCUGGCCAACGAACUGGGCUGCACCUACUCUGAAGUGUCUGCACGGGAGAACUGUGAGGGGGUCCACGAAGCCUUUCAGCAGCUUUGCCAGGAGAUGAGCCGGAUGAUUGGCAGCUGCAACGGGGAGAAACGAAGAGGGCUCCACCUUGUCCGACCAAAAUCCCCAAACAUGCAGGACUUGAAAAGGCGGCUCAAACAGGCUUUGUCUUCCAAAGGGAAAUCAACCACGACACUCUGAUGUAGCUUGGAGGGAGGGGAGGGGAGGAGAGAUGAUUCAUAUUUAUACCUAUUUAUGAUG